AUGUCAGACGGUGAGGAAGAGAAGUCGAAAGAUCGCGCGCGAUGGCGCGGCGAACUAUCAGAAUUGGUGAACUGUUUCCAAGGGAGUGCUGACACGCGUGGUAAAAGUUUUGUCCGGUACCCCGUGGAGGAGAAGAUCGAAAAGGCGAAAGUGGUGGAGGAUAAACGCACGCAGCCUGCCAUUGUAGUGCUAGUGAAGGGCGCGCUGAAACUAGAUGAGCGCCUGAAUUUCAAAAGGACCGACGUCGAGAAUGCCUCGGAGAAGCUGUUCGACACCAAUCGCGAGAAGUGGCCCCUCAAGCCAGAAGCGAAGGACAAAUGCACGAACGACAUGGACCAUAGGAUUCGAUCCAUCUUCUUCGUGGUAUCCAAGGCAAUGAACAAUGACAAGCAUCCGAAAUGGCUCAAGAAGGUAGUCGGCGAUUCCUUGGAUGAUGGCGCGGACGACGAUCAUCAAAGUGUAAGCGGUGCAUCAGGAACCCGAUCGGCAACCAGUAUCCAGCGUGCGCACGGCUGGCACAACGAGCUCUUCAGGGGCAUGCGCCACAAGGCCAGCGACGCCAGCAGUAUGGACCCCGAGCUUGCCGUGCCGACAUCGCGGCCGCCCGGCGGUGCAGACCCCACCGACGACUACGAGGCUACGUGGCAGGAUGGGACUCGCCACAAGAUCAGCGGGAUCACCAAUCAGAUGGUCGCCGAGAGGCUGGACAGCAGGAAGUCGGCACGCUCGGGCGCCGUCGUCCUCUGGAGGGGCACCCACGUGGAGCGCAAUCACGAUUUGGUGCUGCAGCAGAAGAUCGAUAGGAAGUUGCUCCUGGCUUUGCUCGAGCAGAAGAAGAAGCAAAUCCUGCAAGUCGCCGUGGACAACGUUGGGCCAGCACCGCCACUUAACUCGGAUGGUAAGCCUCAGGCCAUCACGGGCAUGAACGAUCCCACGCUCAAGAAAGCGAUCGAGUUCAUGGCGCCUUUCUGUGAGAAGCACGCCAAGGGCAGUAUCACUCCGAAGGAGCUCGACGCCGAGAAAAAAUCAAGCUCGCGGAGGCACCCUUCGCCGAUGCACAUCUCAGACCACAGUGGUUCGCACCUUGAGGCCCCGACCGAGAAGCCUUUCAAUGAUGCGGGCGACGCCGAGCAGCGGCGCAGUGUCGCCGCGACCUUGCCAGACCCCAAUGCUGAGACAGCGCCUGCCACUGAGGAGGAGGGGGAGGUGAUGCUCAAUCUCUUCAAGGGCAAGCUGGAGUCCAUGAUCGGCGCCAUCGAACACAGCGACAGCGGUAGGCUCGCGAGAGCACUGGGCAUCGAGAUUGGAGAGCUGAACGAGAAGAACUUGAAGGAUCACGAACAUGCAAUCAACACACUGUCGAACACAUUAGGUCAACAGGGAGACGCAGCAUUCCGUGCCUCAACAACUGUACCUCGCAGGGGUCAGCAGCGACUCCAGAUGAUUGACGAGGCGCUCGCCAACGGCAAGGUCGAGCCACGCUCAUCAUUGGGAAACUACUUCAGAGCCGAGUUGAACAAAAACCCGCAGGAGGCCAAGAAGCACGCGCCCCUGAAGCAGCCCGAGGCGGACGAGCAUCGCAAAGAGUGGGCUGAGCGGGAGACAGGCAAGCUGCUGGGGAAGUAUUCUCACACUCGCACGUGGGCUCGGGUCGACACUACACAGGGCGACUACCUCAAUCUCGGCCAGCUCGUCAUCGACCAGGGCGGGUGGGACGACCCAGAGGCCAUCGUUGGUGUUCUCAAGCUGGUCAACCAGUGCGUGAGCAUGGGUGAUCCGCGGGUGGCGACGCAUCCACAGACGCAAAGAGUAGUGUACCUGCGCUUGAAGUUCAAAUGCGUCGAGACGUUCACGAAGGCAUGGACAUCUUUCCAAGAGGAGGUAAAUCCAUUGGCAGCUACCAGUGGCGAGGGGGCUGGCAAGAAGGCAGCCUCGGGUGCAGCCGCGGCAGCUGGCGCUCCCAACAAGGGCAACAGCGACGGCAAGCAGGAGAAGCAGCCCGACAAGGGCGGAAGUGCAGGCAUUGCAACGCCCAUGGAGAAGAAGAGGAAGGGCGGCAAGACCUCCACCAAGAAGCUGCCCAAGGACCCGAAG